UUUUGGACACUUGCAUGAUCCAAAAACGUGCUUUCUCGUGAGUGUGAGUUUUGUUGUUGUGUGUCGGCCAUAUGAUCUAAUCUUUGGACAACGCCAACUAAAAGAUGCAUCUUCAAAAGGGAUUUUUGUUAUCUGAUUUUCAAGGCCUGAUUUUUAUUUAGUUAGUUACUGAUGUAUAAAGUGAGUCAGUCAGAAAUUGUGGGUACAUCUUUGAUUUUGUCUUCGGUUUUGUUGCGGUGUUUGGUUGAUUCAGCAAGAUUUUUUCUCUUGUAACUUUGUGAAGCCAGAACUCACUUUACUUGUUGAAGGGUUUUUUGAAGCCAUAAUUAGAAAAUAUAUGAAGGUUUUUGGAAGUUCUUUUUUUUUUUUUUUUUUUUGGGCAAUGUUGAGAGUUUAUGGAAUUACAACUUUCAUUUCUGUAUACUGGUUUUGGUGUAUUAUAAUAUAUAUGCAUCUUUGGGCUAUUUCCCUUUCUGCGGAAAUAUGGCAUAAAGAUUCAAAAUUUGUUUUAUAAGUCUUCAUCAAGAGAAAUAAAAGAAGGGAAGUUUAAUAUAUGUAGCACUGGUGGAGAUGAUUACUUUCAUGGAGUCAAAAGAGAAGAUUAAUGAGGUUGAUAAGUGCUUAGAUUCUCAGUUAUGGCACGCCUGUGCAGGAGGGAUGGUGCAAAUGCCCCCGGUGAACUCAAAAAUCUUUUACUUCCCUCAGGGCCAUGCUGAGCAUGCUUGUGGGCCGGUUGAUUUCAGUAGCUGCCAAAGAAUUCCACCAUAUGUACUCUGUAGAGUCUCUGCAAUCAAAUUCUUGGCUGAUCCUGAAACUGAUGAGGUAUUUGCAAAAGUUAAGCUGAUUCCAGUCAGUAAUAAUGAACCUGAUUUUGAUGAUGAUGGAAUUGUUGGAAUUCAUAACACUGAAACGCAAGAUAAGCCUGCAUCAUUUGCAAAGACCUUAACUCAAUCGGAUGCUAAUAAUGGUGGAGGGUUUUCUGUUCCAAGGUAUUGUGCAGAGACAAUCUUUCCCAGAUUAGAUUACUCUGCCGAUCCCCCUGUACAAACCAUUCUAGCUAAGGAUGUUCAUGGUGAAACAUGGAAAUUUAGGCAUAUUUAUAGAGGGACUCCUAGGAGGCAUUUGUUGACAACUGGGUGGAGUACUUUUGUGAAUCAGAAGAAGCUUGUUGCUGGAGAUUCAAUCGUGUUUUUUAGGGCUGAGAAUGGUGAUCUUUGUGUUGGAAUUCGCCGUGCAAGGAGAAGGAUCAGAGAUGGACCACAGUUGUCUUCUUGGUGGAAUGGGAACUGUGUUGCACCUUAUGGAGGGUUUUCAGCAUUUUUGAGGAAGGAUGAUAAUAAGUUAAUGAGAAAUGGUAAUGGAAUUGUUAAUGGAUUGAAUUCAAAUAACAAGAGUAAUUUGAUGGGGAAGGGGAAAGUGAGACCUGAAUGUGUUAUUGAAGCUGCAUCGCUUGCUGCCAGUAGGCAGUCCUUUGAGGUUGUGUACUACCCUCGAGUCAGUACACCGGAGUUUUGUGUGAAGGCCUUAAUGGUGAAAGCAGCAUUGCAGGUCCGGUGGUGCUCUGGAAUGAGGUUUAAGAUGGCCUUUGAAACAGAGGAUUCGUCACGAAUAAGUUGGUUUAUGGGAACUAUAUCUUCUGUUCAGGUUUAUGAUCCACUUUACUGGCCCAAUUCACCUUGGAGGCUUCUCCAGGUUACUUGGGAUGAGCCUGAUUUGCUCCAGAAUGUGAAGCAUGUAAGUCCAUGGCUGGUCAAAUUGGUAUCAAGCAUGCCCGCUAGCCAUCUAUCCCCUUUCUUACCACCAAGGAAGAAGUCAAGACUGCCACAACACCCAGAUUUCCCCCUUGAUGAACAACUACCAAUGGCAACAUCUUCUGGCAACCUCCUUGGGCCCAACAACCCCUUCAGGUGUCUACCCAAUAACACUCCUGCAGGCAUGCAGGGAGCCAGGCAUGCUCACUGUGGUCUAUCCAUUACUGAUGUCCAUCUCAAUAAACUGCAGUCAAGUCUGUUUACAGCUGGUUUACCACUGCUUGAAUGUGCUGCUGCUGCAACCACAAGGGCCUCCAGUAGCCCAGUCGUCCAGAAGCCUAGCAUGUGUGAGAAUGUUUCUUGCUUGCCAACCGUGGCACUUUCUUCCGAGACUUCUAAAAAAAGGGAUGAUGCAAAGACACCCCAUCUUGUUCUUUUUGGCCAACCAAUACUUACAGAGCAGCAGAUGUCUCGCAGCUGCUGUGGUGAUACAGUUUCACCAGUUCUUACUGGAAAUAGUAUGGAAAGGAAUUUAGAUAAGAUGGCAAAAUUUUCCGAUGGUCCUGGAUCUGCAGUUCAUCAACAAGGCCUACCCCAGCGCACAUUAUGUGAAGGUUUCCACUGGUAUAAGGAGAAUGGCCAAGAAACUGAACCUAACUUGGAAACUGGUUAUUGUAAAGUCUUUAUGGAAUCGGAGAAUGUCGGCCGUACUCUUGACCUUUCAUUACUCAAGUCUUAUGAUGAAUUGUACAGCAAGCUUGCUAACAUGUUUGGUAUAGAAAAUUCUGAGACACUCAGCCAUGUACUCUACCGAGACAUUACAGGUGCAGUGAAGCAUAUCGGAGAUGAACCAGUCAGUGACUUCAUGAAAACAGCUCGAAGGUUGACAAUUGUAAUGGAUUCAAGCAGCGACAAUGUAGGAGUAAAGGAAUAAAGUCAUGGUUUCAAUUGUACAGCUCGUUGAUUGCAUCUUUUCUUCCCUGCUGACCCUUUAUUAUUAUUAUUUUUUUCUUGAAGUUAUGAGAAUCUGCUCUAAUCCAUUUUUUGGACGUUCAAGCUAAA